CUUCGCCAGCGUGUAGGUACGUAAAGCGAAAGUAUGCUUUGUCUUGGUACCCAGGACAGGUUUAGAGAAAUUGUGAACACCGAGAAACAACCAUAACGAUUUUGUGCGUCAUUCGGAACACUUUCUUCGGUCAUCAUGAGAUUCUGGUUGCUAGCAACAUGUGUGCUGACGGUGGUGGUCUCCUCAUUCUCUCAACAACAACCUUAUAACCGAUAUGAUAAUUUCAAUGCGGAUUCAAUCAUUCAAAACGAAAGGAUCCUAUUGGCAUACUACAAGUGUGUGAUGGAGAAGGGACCGUGUACUAAGGACGGAAAGAAUUUUAAACGAGUUCUACCUGAGACGAUCCAAACAGCCUGCGGAAGGUGUUCCCAAAAACAGAAGGCGGUUGUGAGAAAAAUGCUUCUCGGUAUACAGUCAAAGAGUGAAAUUCGAUUCACCGAGUUAUUAGACAAGUACGACCCAACCGCGAUAAACAGAGAGGCUCUCUACAACUUCUUAGUUACUGGGAAUUAGAAGAAAUAACAAUUGUGUAAACUUUACUUUAACAAUGAACAAUGGAUUUGUAGUCGAAGUCAUGGUCUGUACCUUAGAUACCCUAGAAUAUAAUCUCGAAGGGUCAUAAAUAUGAUGGUAGAAAAAUUAAAUUAAUGUAGAAUUAAUUCUAUUUAUUGUAACAAGUUCUAGCUUCCUACCGAAAUUUUAUUUUAAUAAACAAUUAAUUAUAAAUCCAUAGUGGCCUGUCGCUAACAGAUAAUCACUACUCAUUAUAUAUACAGUGUAAUCUCUAUAUAGGGACGAUAAAGGAAGUGUCUCACGUUUUAGAGAUGUACAUUACUUGUGGACAAGGACAAGGACAAAUCGAUUAAAGCCCAGUAAUUUCGAUAGGAAUUUUAGAUUACUAUAUAUAGAGCAAUUCUUAAAUCAAUUUUGUUAAAAUGCUCAAACAUUAAUGCAUUUAUCUAGUUUGUAUUGUAAGCCAAAUGUAUGUACUGUUUUGAUAUUGUUAUUGUAUACGUGAUCAUCAAAAUAAUAACCGAGCAAAAAAUUCUGAAUGUGUGAUUAUCCAAAAAGUGUUGAAAGUAACUUUAAUGAUUGCCAACCCUUUUAAGACGAUUAUUCAUUAAUGGACACUUAAAAGUUAAAACGAUCCUGAUUAAUAUUCCCAAUAUCAAUAAAGUUGUGGACAGGAAUCACGUUUAAAAUCGGGAUAGCAAUCGCUACUGAAGAUUAAAAAUCACCUAUACUCAAGAUAAUAUAAAUGUAUACAAUAUAACAACGAUUCUUGAAACAGUGCAUUAUUUACUUCCUUGUAAGCCUUAGUUAAGUAUUUAAUGAAUAAACAUGUCACAUUAUGGA